CCUUGCCUCUCAUUUGUUUUUGCAGGCAGAGUUUUCCAUACGUAGGUGCUUGAGUACACAACUUCAACCUGGGCUGUUGUGCGGUUCGUUCAUUGGUUCUUUGUGUGGACGACACUGUGAAUCUGAUCACAAUCAUCCAUCUACAGAAGGUUGUUCAAAGUAUGACAACAGUAUUUUCUCGCUGACUUUGGAAGGUUAUCCAAGGCAUUUGACUGUGCUGAAGUGUCACACAGUUGGCCCACCGCCUACAAGAAAGAGACAUCCAUCCCUCAUACUCUGAAACGAUGAAGAUACCAGAUUCCAAGAAAACAUGGUGGAUAACAAAUAUAGUUGCUAUCUGCCUCUUUGGCUCUAUUUUGGCAUUCUUCCUCUAUUUAGAGCCUGCGUCCCCUGUUUGUUCCCCUAAAUACGCACCUGCGGAAAAUCCUCAAGACGUGAAACCAAAUGAGAAGCCCAUAGUCCUGCUGUGGUUCUGGCCCCUCGGUGUGAGGUUUGACUUCAAAAUUUGCUCAACCAACUUCCAAAUUGAUAGCUGUGUUCUGACAGAUGAUAGAUCCCUCUACAGCAAGGCACAUGGAGUCAUUUUCUUCCAAAGGGACAUAGCCUGGAAUUUGGACAACAUGCCACAGGAGCCACGUCCAGCUUUUCAGAAGUGGAUUUGGUUCCAUGUGGAAUCGCCGACAAACACAGGGAAGGUACCGGGUCUGGUCAACCUGUUCAACUUAACGUUGAGCUACAGAAGAUACGCUGACAUCAAUGUGAGGAAUGAUCUCACAAUCAGAGAGACUGAAGCGAAGGAGGACUUUGUUUUGCCCAAGAAAGACAAACUAGUGUGCUGGAUAGUCAGUAACAAUAACCCUCAAACAGGAACAGCUGUGAGAGAACAAUAUUAUCGUGAACUAUCCAAACACAUCAACAUCAGUGUCUUUGGUAGAGCCUAUACUGGGAAUGUUUUAAGUUAUGAUGAGUACUACUCAACAAUUGCUAGCUGUAAGUUUUACCUCUCAUUUGAGAACUCGAUCCACAGAGACUACAUCACCGAGAAGGUCAACGGGCCCCUCGUGGCGGGGACGGUCCCUGUAGUUUUGGGUCCGCCGAGAGAAAACUAUGAUCAAUUCCUUCCCGCCGACGCCUUCAUCCACGUAAAUGAUUUCCCCGAUGCAAAGUCACUGGCGGCCUUUCUGCUGGACAUGAAGGACGAGGCGUACGCACGUUACUUUGAGUGGAGAAAGUUCUUCACAGCCACCCCUCACCUGCUGUCGACCCAAAAUGAAUUCAUUCAGCCUAUCUGCCUCGCCUGCAAACACAUGUCGAGAGACAGGGAAUACCAUGUAAUGCACGACCUUUAUCAGUGGUACUUUAAAUGAAAACAUUAAAGAGAACGUCCCUUGGUGUUGGCUCAACCAUGAGGACAUGUGGACCUGUGUAUCACGUAGACUACACCACUGCAUGUGGAUUGAAGUAUUUUGCUCACGGUAUUCGGUUUUAAGUGUGAUCAAAUGGAAUUAUUAUAUAUUUUUUGGAAAUGUCAAUCGCUGGCAUGUUUCUGUUUGUGUCUUGAAAUAUGAUCAAGUAGGAUCAGCUGAGAUGCAAAUUGUUUUACUCAUGUGGUGACCAAAAAAAUAAAUGAUUAAAUAAA